GAUCAGUUAUUAUGAAAUUAGCGAAGUACUUAAAAAAUGAGCAACAAAUUCAAAAUUACCGUAACUAAUUCGCUACAAAUUAUUCACCUAGUUGCGUUAUCAUCGGCGAGAGGUGCCUCGUUAAGUUCAUGCUCAUUGCCAGUGCGCUCGAGUUCGAAAUCGGUACUGUUUCCCAACCAGACACGCUUCACUCAAACCUACAUCCCAAAAAGUUACGCCAUCCGAGAAAAUCGCUUUCGAUUGAUUGCGACGUUUAUACUCUUCCGUCCGGCUCAGAUCUUUUCCUUUUUUGUGUCAUUAAUUGAUCAGAUCCUAACUAGCAUAUCAUAAAAGUAAGUGCUCUUGAUUGUAGAACUCGGAUUAGCAUUAAAACGCGGUCACGAGAUUUUCUAAUUCUAAUCUACAUAUAUCACACUUUCCGCGCAUCACCAUGUGAAGAUAUCAUGAAGUUCCCACCCUUUACCACCCUCCUGUUCAUCUAGACGAAAUUGUCAUUGGGCAUCGUUUUUUGUUUGCCGCGGCCGCUGAUAUACAUUUGUGUGCAAGAUGCGGUUUGUUUCGAAUCGAAAAGAUGCAUGUACUUAGACACACAGGACGCGACCGAGUGGACUUUGAACUAUGCAGAGUAAGACUGACUGCCUGCCCUGUCCUGCCCUGCCCUGCCCGGCUGUGCCUUUCAGUGCUCCCGAUGUGCUCUGUUGGUGUGCCUUUCAUCGGAUAUGUUUGUCUAAUUACAUCCAAAUCAACAGAUAGUCAAACGGUGGUCAUUGAGUUUAGUUCUACGGUUUGUGCUCUAGUUGAAUCAGUCUGUUUUGGAGACAACAUCCAAGCGGUUUCUCGUACUAUCCAGUCAAAACAAUGUGCCAAUUCGUUUGCGGUAGAAUUCAAUAGCUCGAUCGUUAGAAAUCCCCUCUUAUCGCCGUAUCGUUUCUUCGAUGGUGCACAUUUAAAUUAUAUAAUAGCGUGCAUUGCAGUGUCUUACACUAUUCCUGCCGUGGGUAUAGAGAAACAAAGGACCGGUUGAUUUGAUAACGAGUCGAUUUGAUUCGUAGGAAAAGUGAGAUAAAAGUACCUGUAGAACCCGCCGGGGGGAAGACCUAAUUGUCGUCGGCGGGUGUUUUAUUGUGCGCCGUAGACGAAAAAAAAACAAUUCUCGGCAUAGACACAAAGUGCAGUAAGGCAAACCCUGCGGCUACCGAAGCAGCCUAGCUAUUGUAAAACGAGAAGCAAUUUGAUCCAAAAUCGACUUCCAAUCAGACUGCAGUUUCCAAGAUAGUCAUGAUGGAUCGGCUUGUGCUACUAUUUCUUCUUCAACAUGGACACUGACGAUGUGGAGUCUUCGAGCAGCAGUACAAUGUCCAGUCUGAACAGUUUGUUCUCGUUUACCAGUCCGGCGGUUAAGAAACUGUUGGGUUGGAAGCAGGGCGAUGAGGAGGAAAAAUGGGCCGAAAAAGCCGUCGACAGUUUAGUCAAGAAGCUCAAGAAACGGAAAGGAGCCAUAGAGGAAUUGGAACGUGCCCUGUCGUGCCCCGGUCAACCGUCCAAGUGCGUCACGAUUCCGAGAUCGUUGGAUGGACGAUUACAGGUUUCCCACCGUAAAGGACUUCCACAUGUCAUCUACUGCCGGGUGUGGCGCUGGCCCGAUCUGCAAAGCCAUCAUGAACUGAAACCGAUCGAGACGUGUCAGUAUCCGUUCAGUGCUAAGCAGAAAGAGGUUUGCAUAAAUCCAUACCACUAUAAGCGUGUCGAAAGUCCGGUUCUACCGCCGGUACUGGUCCCGCGUCACUCCGAAUUCGCACCCGGUCACUCGUUGCUGCCAUUCCAUCAGAUGAACGAACCGAACAUGCCGCACAACGUGAGCUACACUAAUGCGGGCUUCAACAAUACGCACAUUGGUGGGGGCGGACCGAACUCUCCGAUUUCCUCCCACAUGGGACCGAACAGUCCGAUCUCGUCGGUGUCUAGCCCGGGACCGAUUAACUCAAAUCCUCAGAGCCCGUACGGAUCGCUACCGGAAACUCCGCCGCCAGCCUAUAGCCCUCCGGAGGAUGGUAACAAUGUGACCGGUACGGACAACAAUCAGAUGGACACAAACCAGAUGCACGGCGAAGUGGCCCCGGUUAGCUAUCAGGAACCACCAUACUGGGCCAGUAUAGCGUACUACGAGCUCAACUGCCGUGUCGGCGAGGUUUUCCACUGCAAUGCGACCUCCAUCAUCGUGGACGGUUUCACCAAUCCGUCCAACAACUCGGAUCGCUUCUGCCUUGGGCAGCUGAGCAACGUGAAUCGAAACAGUACAAUCGAGAACACGCGUCGUCAUAUCGGUAAGGGAGUGCAUCUCUACUACGUCGGAGGGGAAGUGUAUGCCGAGUGUCUGUCGGAUUCGGCCAUUUUUGUGCAAAGCCGCAACUGCAACCACCACCAUGGAUUCCACCCGAGCACGGUAUGCAAAAUUCCACCCGGUUGUUCGCUGAAAAUCUUCAACAACCAGGAAUUCGCUCAGCUUCUUUCGCACUCGGUAAACCACGGCUUCGAAGCCGUAUACGAGCUGACCAAGAUGUGCACGAUACGAAUGAGCUUCGUGAAGGGCUGGGGUGCUGAAUAUCAUCGGCAGGACGUCACUUCGACACCCUGCUGGAUUGAGAUCCAUCUGCACGGACCGCUGCAGUGGCUCGAUAAGGUUCUCAUUCAGAUGGGAUCGCCACACAACGCGAUCAGUUCGGUAUCGUAAGCAGGACGCGAAAGGAUUCGUUUCCGGAAAUCACCGUACGUGUGUGUGUGUGAAUGAUUAGAAUAAAGAAAUGGGUUCUUUCAGCGAGUGUGGAAUGCGCGGAUUCGGUCAUCAACAUCGUGUCCAGAAUGAUAGCAAGCUAAUACUUGUCGGCAUGAUUGAUUGUGUUACGUAGAAAAGUUUCAGUUUUAACAUUUUAGCACGUAAUGUAAAGCAAGAAAAAUAGUAGAUUUAUUUUAAAGUGAUUGAUUUCAUACAACAGAAUAUUUAGAACACAGCUGUGGCGAUUCGCUUACAGUAAACAACAAGGACGGCGUCCUCUUUAUAUAGAUAAAAUCUACUGUUAGUUCAAAGUGCUGUAGCCUGUGUAGCAUGCAAUUGGAUAUCUUCCGGAACUUUAUUAAGUAUUUUAUUAGUGCAAUUUCCCUACAGUCAACACCUUUGCCAUCACUUUUCUGUUGUCUUCGAUUAGAAACGUUUUUCGAUGUAAUCAAAAUUUGUUUAUAUACUCUCAGAAAUAAGUUUCUUUUUAAAAAAGAACGUGUUUUAUGCGUCAUUUGUUUUUUCCAAAUUCUGAACGUAGUUUAAAAGUGCCCUUCUGUUUAUGUUGUUUUUUUUUUCUAUAUAUAUAUUGAAAACUUUAUAGGUGAUAAAGCGAAUCACCGAUCGCUAUUGAAAAUGAUUGGAUAUGUGAUUACUAUGUGUCUUAUUAUGAGGUGUUUAUUGAAAUGGUUUAGUAGAGCAUAGAGCGGGAAGGUAUUUGUUUGCCAGUCAGUAAAAUGAGAAACAAAUAAGUCACUCCUAAAAUUGAAACUGUUUUAAUUCUUCCACUUUUUUUGUGAGUUAACGGGAACCGCAAUUCAUAAUCUAGUAGAUUCGCAUUAACAUUUCGACAAUUAGCUUGUUUUCUUCUGGAGUUAAGAUUAACACAAAACGUACCAAAUGCCGGUCAUUUAGACCGGUUAGAAUGUAAUUUUGUAUUGAAAAAAAAUUGUAUUAAAAAGAAUAUGUUGGUACGAUUGGCGUUGAUAGGAAGUUUGUAUCAGUUUGUAAUUCAAAGAAAUGAUCAAAUUGGGAGAAUAUUGUUACACAGGGUGGCAAGUGACCGGGAAAACCGGGAACAAAUCGGGAAUUUUGUUUUACCGGGAAAAAGUGGGGAAUUUGAAUGCAAAUCCGGGAAAAAAUUUACUAGUCCUAAUCUUAGUAACGAUUUUCAGCAUCAUGAUUUUCCUGAUACAACAAAUGAAAAGUUGAAGGCAAUUUUGUGUUUGAACUAGAAGUUCAGUACAAGUUUCGUCCCACACAGUGUAUCUUAUUGUCCCACACAGGUUCAAUGGUGCACAAUACAUUGAAAAUGGGGCCAACACCUCAUGUCUCAACGGUUUUUUAUGAGUUUGACAGCAAUUUUAAAUCAAUAAGAGCUCUCUUAGUUGUCAUCAAUAACAGCACAAUGAAUGCUCAUACUGAAAAAUAAGGAUAAUUUGGAUGCUUCUGCUGGAUUUCUGUUAAAUUUCUACAAAUAUUUGAAAUGGUUCCAAGUGCAAAUGACAGUUUCUCUUUGUUUAUUUUCUCUUUCAAUUAUUACGGCGUAUUCCUGUAUUUUGUAACAUUUUUUUAACAGCAGAUCGAACGUUGAUAGUUUCAGUCGUUAUUCUCUGCAAAGUGUAAGAUAGAAGGAUUGCCGAUCGGACCGUAAUAAUCGAAAGAAAGAGGAACUGUCAUUUGCACUUAGGACCUUUUUUAGUGUUUGUCUUCAAAUUUCAGAAUAAGUAUGCAUAAUGGUAAAAGUAGUAUCGGGUACCAUGUUUAAUAAUUUUUUAGGAGCCGUGUUUUUAGUUGCCAGCUAAUGAUACCCCUAAUUUCACCAAAAUUUGUCUCAGUAAUGUCAAAUUGUGAGAAUACUUUUUCCACCAUUUGCAAGGAGUAUUUGAUUUCCUUCUUUGACAGCUGGAAUUAGUUUUUCACAGUUUGUAAGAGCCUGUUCGGUGAAUUUAUGUUUAAUUUUUUUCGAAGAAUAUCAGCUAUGAUGAGGAUCAGUGCUGUAAAACUUCAUUCAAUUCAAUUGAAACUGAAUGUGGAACACAUUGACGAUCUCUCUAAUGCAGUAAACUUCACUCUCUGACACACACAAUGUUUGCUGACGGCCCGAACGGGCAGCAUUCAAUUCAUCACUCGUUUCUUUUCAAUCGAGGCUCAGUUUAACCACCUUCAGUUGAUCUCUUGAAAUGACAAAAUAUCUCUUUCAAUAGUGUGAGAGCGGCCUUCAAAUGAGGUUCAUGUAAACAUUCGAAUUGGUUCAAGAUAAUAGAUGAAAGACAAAUCAGAUAGCUGAAAUAUCAAUCACAGAAUACACAUAAAUUAAUUGUUUCCUCCUUUAGUUUUCAUUUUUAAUACUUUACUCCAUUUAUAAUUCUAUUCGUUCGAAUUUGCUUACUACCAAGAGCGAAGGCAUUGAAACAGGUAGACUACUUGGCACUCGAAACUGAGCAAGCAAAACUUCAAAUGACUAGGUACAAUUAAUCAACUGACGAUGAAUUCCGGGAGCUUCACUUGAAAAUGGCAGCAAAAGUCAAAUGAAUUAGUAGGGAUAUGCUGACUGUCAGCGGUCAUAAAUUUCAUUUUCAUCUUAUAUUAUUCGAUUGAAAAUGAAAUUUUACCGCACUGAUGAGGAUAUUGAUGUCGACGAAGGAGCAAUCGAAGAUUGUCGAUGAUAGCAAAAUCAAAUUUACAUCGUCUCAGUCACUAGAGGCAUAGAUUGUUGUUUUUAUAAAGUGACAAGCGUACAUUUUAAGAAUUCUAGAAGGAUUUUGUUCUCUCGCCAAAACCCAACUCUGAAGGGAUACCGUAUAUGUUGUUAGCAGUGGCACAACUGGUCGAAUAGGCUCUGUGAGAACAGAACAUUCAGGAGAGGCUUCAGUGGCUUAUGCUUAUGACAGUUGAAAACAAAUUGCUGUCUCAGUUACAACAUCGAAACGAUCAUACUAUAUAAGCAGUGCACAACCCGUAAAUUUUGUCACGAGACGCCACUGGUUGUUAGAAGGAAUCGGGUUUUGCGGGAAGAGUGUUGUUCUUUAGUUCAUUCAUUUUUAAUUUUCUCCUCGAAGAUUGAGUGAACUGGAGUUCUUUAUUGAAGAAUGAUAGCUCUCUAUUCUUCUCAAUGGAAAUGAAAGUAAUCGAGUUUUUUGAGUAUGUAUACAAAUAAGUUGCGUCUUUCGGAACGUUUGCUGGUUUCAAGAACGAUUGUUGAGCACAUGCAAAAGUACUCACAAUUAUUGAAUCUGUUUACUACAAAAUAUAAUUUGUUGCUCUCAUAUUAUUUUCUAAGAAACAUACAAAGUUUCAGACUGAUAACUUCCAUCACCAUUGGCCAGAUUUGUUUCUUGUUUUAAUCCUAUUGUUACAUCGAAGUUACUGACGAAAUAAAAGACAAAAUAAAAAUGGAAUACAUUGGGCUGGAUGGUACUGUUAGUUCAGAAGAUGAACGUUGGGACAAACUGUGGAUGAGAUUUUUAAUCGUAUUUCCAAGGAGAUACCCGAAAAAUACUAAUUUCUCAACUCUCGAUGUUUUUUUUUGCCAUGGGAUUUCAACUUAAAGCUUGAAUGAGAGAAAUAUUUUAAAAAAUCUGAUCAUUGGGUCUGUUGAAAUAAACCGAGAAUUUUUAGUUUCGCGCACCCAGAAAAAACCGGGAAAUUGAAAUCGAUAAUUCACUUGCCAGCCUGGUUACAGUUUUUGUGCUAAACGUAAAAAUUGACACUAUUUACUUUACGUUUCGGCUCACGAGCAUGCCGAAAUUCUAUUUGACCUUUUCAACUGAAACUAAGCGAACUGUAAAGAGUUCACGGGGCGCUGCACUAGCAUACUUCUUUACCCAAGGAGUUAUCUAUGCCUGUUUAUGGCCGAAUUUUUACGAUCUUUUCUGCUUUAUCUUUUGUUUUCUCUAUACUCGGAAUCCCUUUGGUUUGACAGUUUCCUUACCAUGAAGAAGUAGUUUAACUAGAUGUUUAGACUCAGAUGGAAAUUGAACUGGAGAAAAUUGUCCAAUAGAAUAACGAAGAUGCGCUUUGCAAAAAAUGUCCGGUACUUACGAAUUGAUACCACCGCUGCAGAAGAUGCGCUAGUAAAAACAAUCGGUACUUAUCCGUUAGCCGAGUGCCUUAAAAUAAAAAAAAACUCAGAAAAUCCAAGAAGACUAGGCGGUAGGGAUGUCCGAUACCGAGUCGAUACUUUAAGGUUUCGAUACUUUGUUUCAAGAAUCGGGUAGUUUUGGUAUCGAUAUCACCUCAGAGCAAUUCUCUUAUGGCGUUUUCGUUUUUAAUUUGCACUACACCGGUGCAGUGCUACACUGAGGUAUUAAUAAACGAACAAAAAUGACGAAAACAUAAAUAGUAACCAUUGACUACAAUUAACGGUUCAAUUGCACAGAGCUACACCAAACUUUUGAUGAGUGCUACACCAGUGGCAUCGGUGCAGAAAAAGUGUAGCACUGGUGUAGUGUAAUUGGUAAAAACGAACGGUUUCAGUGCAGCUUUCGCUACACCAGUGUAGUGCAAUUUAAAAACGAAAACGACAUUAGUAUCGAUACUUUUGGUCUUGAUACUUAAAGUAACACAGUCUACAAUUUUAUUUUAUUUUGAAAUGAUUGCUGCGCAAGUAUCAAUUGAUACUGACAGGUAUCGAUACUUUAUUGUCUUUUGAUACCUUAUAUAGAUUUCGGUAUCCCGAUACCCUAGGUAUCGAUACUUUGCCUUCCGAGUACCAAUGUUGCUCGAAUAUCAAAAAUCCAACGAACGCCAAUGAUCAUCGUUCGUUUUCCUUCGCCGUUGUUCGAUAAUCGCUCUGAUAUUCGGACUUGUCCGUAUAUUCGGGUGCGACCGAAACCGAUGCUGCUUUGUUGCUCGUAUGAAAAUCUAUUCCUUGCAGUUGUUAUUCGCAUUGAACAUACCCCCGAAUGACUUAACGCGAAUAUGGAACGAAUAUUCAUGCAGCGAUCAUCGUCAAAACCUAAUUCGUGAUGAUCGUUCGGGCUGUCUGAAACAAGCAAAUUGAGACGUUUCCCCCUGCAUUAGUACCGUAGUCUUAUGUGUGUGUGUGAUGAACUAUAUCCCAGCACUCCCCCAUUGCUGCUACCUCACGAGAUAUGAUGAAUUUAUUAGAUGAAGAAUGCUUCGCGAAGAAUGGAAUCCAACGAUCAUCGCAGUGACGCUAUUCGAACCAAUUCGUAGAGUAAAGUAAAUGAACGAAUGUAUAAAACGAAUAUGCACGAUGUAUACAAGCAGCGAAGAAUGUAUUAGUACAUUCGGGUUCUCUUCGACUAUUGCUUAUUCAUUUUCACCCUUCUCUCUUCCGUGCAGUAGUUCAACGUGUUUCGAGACGGGCAUAUUCGAAGACAGGAUAUUCGCACCGAGGAUGGGUGAAUGAAUUAGUUAAACAAAGAAUAUGUGUAACAUUGAUCUCUAGUGUAUUCCUUGUAGUUGGAUUUUAGCGAGACAGAAUAAAAUCCUUCUACAAUUCUCAAAAUGUACGCUUUUCACGUUGGAAAAACAAUAACAAUCUAAGUCUCUAGUGACUGAUACCGUUUUCGUUUUUGAGCCUACACGUGGGCGACUCUGACUCCGAGUAAAACUAACACGUGGUACGCGCCCCUAAAAAGCAACUAAAAAAAAGAAAUAAAUAAACAAACUCGCAUGGAUGUCGUGGUGCGCCAGAGAAAAUUUUCAAAGCGAAACUACGCGAUUGGAGUCCGAUCUAGAGCGACCCCAGGUGGCUAAAACGAUCAUAUCAAAAGUUCUUCUGGGCCAGCUCUCGGGCUGAUCUGAUCAAUAAACGAAAACGGUAUGAGAUGAUCUAAAUUUGAUUCUCCUAUCAUCGACGAUAUUCGACUGCUUCUUCGUCGACAUCAAUAUCCUCAUCAAUUUAAUAGAAAUUCAGCAAAAGCAUCCAAAUGAUCCUUAUUUUUCAUUAUGAACAUUCAUUGUGCUGUUGUAGAUGACAACUAAGAAAUCUGUCGUUGAUUUAAAAUUGCUGUCAAACUCAUACAAAAACUUCAAACUCGUGGUGAAGAACUACACUUGUUACACGACCAUACUUGAAGACUCGGAUUUAGUGUUCGACCCCCUCAAGUAGAAGGUAAAAUAGAAUUCAUUUCUUUCUUCUGACCAUGCUUAUAUGAGUCUGCCUAGGCUAGUUUUUUCUGCUCUAUAUUUAUAACUGAUUCAAUCUAGAAUACCUAUCCGUCUUUUCAUUUCAUAUCUUUCACCUCUCACCAGUUAAUGCUUGUCGAAAAGAACCAAUCAAAAUCGAUAUAGAAGUUUUAAGAAGGACUGAUUUUCCAGAUAACCUUAAAGAAAUGAUUUAAUGGUAGUCUUGCAAAAAAUUGAAUUGUUCGAAAAAUAAUUAUUUCAAUUUUAAUUGUAAGGAUUUACAUUAAUUUUUUCACUAUUAGGUUUUGAAAUGCUUGUUGAUAUUUCUGGCUACCUAGAAAACACCAACAAUAAUCAAAUUUGAUGAUUAGAGAGCAUUAUUGGAAAAAGCUAGAAGUCUGAAUAAAAUGGCCACAGAGGGUAGAAUAAAACUCGUGUAUCUUUACUUGGCGAAGAAUAGACGAAAUCGAUUGAAGUGUGUAUCAGAAUUUUUUUUAAUUUAGAUUGUACAGUGGCGUCUCGCGGCGUCUGCACGAUCCUACUGAUGCUUAGAAUCCUUUCAGCUCGCUGUACCAUCUAUUAGUAACCAUAAAUACCUGCGAUGUUAACUGAAAUUUGAUUCAGAGGAAUCUGAGAGAAAAUUUGUUCAAAGUAUUAACCAGAAUCUUUCAGAAGAAGAUCAAUACCAUCUAGAAAAAUAAAAUUUUUGUUUCAAGACAAAUCUUUUUUCGGCUUCGAAAUUAAGAUCAUUAAGAUAGAUAGAUAGAUUUGUCCCGGGUUGGCGGUUCAAUGCAUAGGGCGCUGGUCUUACAAACCAGUUGUCGAAUGUUCGAGCCCCGACCUGGAAUGAUUCGUAGUGUCAGUAGAACCAUAGCACUAGCCAUGCAAUGGUUCUGUACACUCUGAAUCGGCUGCGAAGUCUGUUGAAACAGAAGGUCAAAUUCCACUACAGGAAUUUAAUACCAAGGCUUUUUAAGAUAGAUUACAAAUAAUAAUGGUCCUAGGCCAGAGAUGUCCAUCUCCUCUGUGUGACAAAGUGCGAGCAAAAUUUCUCCCCUCGUACUGACAACUUCAACGAGAGCUCUUCUCUUUCACAUAUAUACACCACUGUUGUAUGAAGCGUGCACGCAUCAUGAGUGCGUUUGUUUAUUUCCUUUUACCUCCUCCACUGAAUCGCACCAAAGUGCUAGAGCAUUAGCUAAUAAAUUCUCUGAGGUGGAUGCACAUACUUUCACAGAGGUGUACACACCGGUGCGCACUCUGGUGUAUGGUUUGCGCGGGGCACGCAAAAUAAAACAAUUUAUCGUUAAAUUUUCGGAUUUCAUUGCAAAUUUUUCAUAGCAAGGCCAGAUCUACUAUCUAUUAAUUGAAGUUCAUUAAAGUGUUCGCUCAUCAUCGCGCGCCAGUGAUCACUUGGAUGUAUUUAGGCGAGAGCACGUGAGAGCGAUUCGUGCGAAGAGAAUGUUAUUUUCUCACACCAGCUUCUUUCAACACAAGCACGCACUCAAAGUCUGUCUGUCUGGACACUGAGAAGAAGUGCGCUUUCCUCUUUGUGUGGAGCGCAGCAAAUGUAUCCGCAGUGUAUAAUUGAAACCUACGCCCUGGUGUAUCACUCUAGUGAAAUGCCAUCUCUGGUCCUAGGUUAUGAUGAUUUUUUCCAGACUAAAAACUAUUAAUCAUUGACUAGCGUGUGACACCACUUAUCCAUGAUCGGUUUGCCUCAAGUUUUGCUAAGGGACUUUUCGAAGCACUAUUGUGUACAUGUUCGCAGCCCUAUUUAUCGAGUUGCUUCUGAUAAGUGGUUUCCCCAUAACAAGACGAUUUUUAGUACAGUGGAACUAUAUGAAAUUUAUUUCUCACAAAAGCGUUUUUUUAGUUAAUGGUUGAUAUUUGAGUGUACUAUAACUGAUGACGUUUAUUAUUAAUCUGUCCUUUUCACUGCGAACAAUGUAUAUCAACGGUUUUGCACAUCUCCGUAUUUAUUUAAGCAAUGCUCCAUGGUAAUGCUUCAUUCUAUUACCACAGUAACUUGUCGAAACUGUGCUCUCUCUGUCGAAACCUAAUAUCCUUUGCAUAUAGAAUAUUCGAAUAACAACUUCGUAUGGUUAUCCCGUACUUUCAAACGACUCACUUUUGCUAGAUUACAGCCAUUUCAAUAAUCACCAAUAAUAAUAUAAUACUACUAUUAAAACUGUUUCGGUAUAUUACCAAUCGCUUUAGAACAAAAGAAGAGCAAAAUGUUUACGUAUUUGUCUACAUCAUAAAACAAUAAACACGAAUAAAGAACAGUGUCCUUAACAGCACCGGUUAAAUUUUUAUAAAAACUCUGCACCGCAUAUAAUGCCCCUUCCCCCCCUGAAAGUUGCCACGCGCCAUUGAGAGGCUCACUAGAACGAGGUUGCCUUGCCUUAGCUUGUUUCCAACAGCUAUUUACACAAAUGACAUUUGUAUUAUAGGAAAUAGAAGAGAACAGCAAACGCAUACAAUUUACUGUUUCAUAAUGUAAUAAUGCUCGAUCUCACCUCAGACAAUUACGAUUACAGGCACAGGAAACUUUUAUACUCAGUGAACGGUGUGAUUCCUAAUUGCUCUACCACUCAGCAGUGUCCUAGGGCGGAAAUCGACCUGUGCCGCCAUGAAUGCCUUUCGAAGUGUAACGAGCUCUACUAAGAAAUGAUCGUCAGCAGUUUUUAUUAACCAUUUUUAAAUGAACUCGUGCCUGUAAAAAACGAAAACCAGUGUUGCCAUAACUGACAGUGAAAAACAAUUUUUUUUUUGCAGAAACAUGCCUUAUAUGCCUUACAUUAUUUUAUUGUCGAGUUUUAAAUGUCGGGAAUAUGCAGUGCCUGGUCAAAAUUUACAAAGCUUUCUAGAAUUCACAACAAAGCUUGUUUUCUAACCUUUAUUUACAACUUUUAGAACAGAUUGAAUGCUGCUGUCAUGGCGAAAUAAUUUCAAAUCUUUACCUAUAAUAAAAAAAAGCAAGUGUGUGUGAAUGUUUGAUGUAAGCGAAAAUAGUCGGAAAGAAAUGAAAAAAAACUCUAUUUUGCUCAGUUAGUAAUUAAAAAUUCGAAACCAGAACAAGUGUUGACGCCUCAAUGCGGGCCACAGUUCCAAGAUAAACUAUUUUAAAAACUGUAAAACUUUAACAUUGCCGAGAGAUUCGAUGAAAACAGAAAAAACAGCACUAAAAUAUCAUGAGAUCUAGAAGAAGACAACACAGACAUAUAUAUUGUAUAUAUUACCACUGGGUAAAGCAAUCGAAAUCAUCAUCACUUUUGCAGAUGGCAAAAAGUCUAGAAAGUGCUUAUCAUUCGAACAAGUAAGUGGAAAAACUUGAAACCCAUAAACAGCUGAUUAUAGAGAACUAAACAGAACAGAAAAAAAAGAACAGCCGUAAUGUUACAAUCCAAAAUUCUCAGAUAAUAGAUGUAAAAUAAUUACCUAAAAUCUUAAAAUGUGUUUCGAUAGUGCAGACAGCAUGCGAAAUCCAGGAACCCUACAUAAUAAUAGAAUUAAUGGAAGAGACAUUUUACUUAAGAAUACAUAAAUCAAUGACAGAAUGUUCUUGUGAAAAAUAAAGCAUAGAAGCAAAUCACGCGAUUAAGCAAAAUUACUUGAAAGUAUAAAUAAAAGCGUAACGCAAAUUUUUAGUUAGAGAGAUGUGAGUUGCAUUCUAGAUAAUACUGAAUGGAUAAUCGUGGAUAAACAGAAUAAAAAUCUAGCGGAAGAGAAGUAAUAGAAAAAAACCAUUUCAAGUGUAUAGGGUAGUAGUUCGCGACUAAUAGAAGAACGAGCACGGAAAAGUGAAUGAAACAUAUUUAACGAAACAAAAACUAUCUCUACACGUGCAACAGUGAACGACUAAGAAAACUAAAUAAUACAUAUUUUCGUGGCAUAUUAUUUUCUAAAUAUAAAACAAAGCAAAGUAAGCGAACCAGAUUACAGUGACUACACAUGCAUACACGAGAAUAUGAUUCUAAUCAUGUAGAUUAGAACAGUCGAUGAGAAGUGAGGAACACAAAACAGCAAAAGAUGAGGAUAUUACUUAAUACUAAAUGACACAAACACACAAAUCCAUCAUGAUCUCAUGUCAUUCUAAUAUUGCUUGACUACCCUUUUUGUUGUCGCAGUCCAGUUGGCUCUAACGGCUGAGCAAACGUGAAAGAUUGUUCGCAAAAUUUCUUCCGCACGUUCAACGUGAGAGAAGAUAUUUUCAAUGAAUUGGAAAAGAAAAGCAACUGGAUCAUCUCCAUCUGACUAGAAACGAAAAUCGCUAGGAGUUGAAGCAGAAAGGUAGAUGAAAUUGAGUUAGAAAAAAAGCAGUAACAGCAAAAAUCGUGGAACACAAUAUCAUUUAAAAGUAAUUGAAACUGUAAAUCGUAAGCAAAAUGAAUAAAUGAAAUAAAUAAAAUCGUA